AUGGACAUUUCGCAAACAGCUAAACGAUUGGCUACCGUCAAGCGCAAGAUGGCUCGCAAUUCUUCGUCUGAAUCCUACUGUAUGAAGGCUGAGGCUAGUCGAUCCAAGGUCAAAGUGGAGGCUGAAGAUUGCAUUGAAGCAUCACCACUUCCACAGGAUCCGUAUCACCAAGCUGACGAUAGUUAUACUGAACUUCGAGUUAAGCGCAAGGAACAAAUUGCAGAGCUAGAGAAAGCUACACUUCAACGGCUCAAAGUGCUGAUCCAGAGAGAUGGGGACGUAUGCCCAGAAUACAAGUCAUGGUUAGAGCACGCAAAUGAUAUCAACAUUUUGAGUCAGCUUCCGCGUAUUCCCAUCGGUCUUCUUGGCUACACCGGGUCUGGGAAGUCCAGCCUAAUCAAUGCUCUUGUCGACGAGGAAGCCCUCUUGCCAACAAAUGGAAUGAGAGCCAGCACGUCGGCCGUAGUUGAACUCAGUUAUAAUCAAUCUCAUGAUCCUACUAAGGCAUACACAGCUUUUGUGAGUUCUGCAGCCCAGCGGAAUGGGCUGCAGAGUUUAGAAUCUUACGAGAUGAUAUCGAAGGCCGCCCUGAGGGAGAAAAUCUGCUGGCAAGUUCGACUUCUGACGCGGGCGUGGCUCUUGCAAAGUUAA